AUGUCUGGCGGAGCGAACAACAACCUUUCCACUACCAGCAGCCCCGACUAUCGGCCUUGUCGAGUCUGGCUAGAGCCUUUGGAGCCCGAGUUGACUGAGUUGCUCGUAGAUACCUCGCCUUGCCAGACCGGCCAGCCCACCGGCCAGUUGCCGCUCCCUCAGCCACAAGGGAGACUUGUAGAGCCUGUCGCUCGGUUCAGGAACCUCGCCUCCACCAGCCUUACAGACCAAAUCAACGGCCUGGUAAUGGUCCUUAGCAACGAAUACGUGGAGCCCCCCCCUCCACGGGGCACCUACGUCUAUGACAACUGUUUGAAAGUGGAGGGCAGCCUGACCACUCAAAUCAACGGCAUGGUCGUUGGAGUCCAUGGUGGUUGCACUAACAGACAGCCUACCUUCCCCGGCAUCCAAGGUGGCUGGAACGACUGCGGCACUGUUGAGAAGCUCCCCAAUGGGGUAGAGAAGACCGAAAAGGAAAUCGAGAUUGGUAUGCAGCUUGACGUCGAGGCCAAUCACACAGUACAGAUCAACGGAGGUCUCAUUACCAACAUCGUGGAAAACCGCAUGAUUGUCCCCCAGGUCCGCCAGUCGUCCCAACCUGGGCAAGUUGCCUAG